ACUGGAUUAGAACAGGAAGCAAUUUCAUUGGAAUAGAAAUAAAUAAUUCACAUAUAUUUUUUCACGCUCUAUAUUAUUCAUGCGGUGAAGAAAAUUUGCUAUUUGUAGAUGCUAGUAUGUCACGAGAAACAAGUGGAGCUCCUCUGUCAAAAGGAGACUCAAGAGACCGUGUUGCCAUAGACGUGACCACUGGAGCAAAUACUGACUCGAGAAAAUCAGAGAGUGUGCUCCAAAGCAUUGGAAAAGCUCCCCUCAAACCAGAUGCAGGUAAUCAAAGUUUUAGUGCGUCGAUCUCUGUAAGGAAUAUGCUAUUUGUGAGGUAUAGCGAAGGGGAACGAGACGCAUUUUGUCGUUUCCAAAAAAUGGCUACGGAUUGCCGAAAGCUACCUCGAGAAUGGAAGCGUCUGCUUUGCUACCAUAGAUUGAUCUGGUAUAUAUUGUACAUGGGGAAUGAAGUAAACUCUAUGCUUGGAUGGCAGGUCCAGUUGAUCGCAUGGGUAUUUACUUGUUGGGAAUGGCAAGAAAAUAUGAACAUUAUCAUCGAGAACUGGAACAGUAUUGGUAUUCUUAGAACCUCAAGAUCCGAUUCUAAUAAACCCUCAUUAAGAGCCAUCGUAGAACAUUUUAUACGAGAGGACAAUAAAGAUGAAAAGAUGCCAACAAUGCCAGAACCCCACGAAGGUUCCUCCCAAACAACCAAAGGAGAAAUGGAUGCAGUUUCAGAGCAUUUAGAAAAUAAAGAGGUGGCACCUGAAACAUUGGUAGAAGGCAUGGACCUGCCUAAUAAUUCAGACGAUCCUGAAAGCAACAAAGGAGUACAAUCAAAUGAAGCUGUCAAAGACCAACUGAUGAGAGAGAUAGAGGGUGAAGCAGAUGUGUGUAUAACAAGAGAUUACUUUGAAGGCAAGAACAGAGCUAUUUCACAGAAAUUGGACGAUGUUGUAAAAGAAGUGAGAGAGGUUGAGAAAGCAUUAAGAGAGGAAAUCAAUAAAACAUUAGGAAGGAAAAUGUACGAGCUGCGUAAGGAAAUAGACAAGCUGCAUAAGGAAAUAAAAGAAUUAAAGGAGGCGAAACAACAGUCUGAGAAAAAUAAGAAGAGUGAGGAGGAAAGAGAAACAAGGCUAAAAACAUGGAAGAGAAUGAGAUUGGCAUUGAAAAGAUAUGAUGUCUCCAUGGAAGGCAUAAUUGCUUUUCAGAGGUUUAGAUUUUACUGCGUAGCCGGCUAUCUCCCAUGGCCACUGCCCAAUGAAGAAAUUGAAGACCUCAGAUUUCUACAAACUGCAAGAUGACUACUGCCUUUAAGAUGGUCUACGCCACUAUUUGUUCAUAAAGGAAUAAACAGCGAAUGUCGAAUUUGAUGAAAACAUUCAUUGCUCUCUGGCUGCUAGGACAUGAAGUGCACCGGGGCUGGAAAUCAGCAUUAUGGUGUGGUGAAUAUUCUCACAUCGGAUGACAUUGCUUUUCUCAUUCACGUAGUGCUCACCAUUCUGUGGGGUAGUCCAAAGCAGAGCAGCCACUCCAACUAUUCUUUAUCAGUGUCCUGCACAUCUGACUGUGCGCAUCAGUUGUUCUGUUUCUUUGAAAAUUAGUUAUUAUUUCACUCUAAGAUUGGUCUUUUGGAGCAAAGGCAAACUUAUUGAAUACCCUGCUCUUCAAUCUUAGUCCUAUAGAGAAUCCACCAAAUAAAUACUAUUCUGGUAGCUCGUUCUUGCUGUAGAAAGUAUUCAUUUUAACAUUUG